UUUGACAUAAUUCAGCAAAAGGAGAAGACACAUUUUAAAAUCAGAUAUGUAUUAUUUUUUAGGAUGAAUCUAUUCAAAGGUGUGCAUCUGUCGGCUUGUUUUUUUCUUCUGCCCCCUAGUGGCCAAAAACCAACAAAAGCAGCUUUACCUGCUGAAACCAACCUAAACAUUGGACUUGAACUAUAUGCUGAAUAUGCUGAAACCUAAAUGACUGGAUCGUGUGUUGAUCAGUGUGACAAACUGCGGCCACGUUGUUAGAUGGAGUACGAACUGAAGACUGCGUGGGCCUGUGUAAAAGCCUCGGGACAUGAGGGCCAUCGGUGCCUACUCAUUUUGAGAGAGCAGCGACCGAUGGAGACACUCCAACGCUGGACAAGCAGCGUGACUUCAUCGCACACUCAAUAAGUCAGGGUCUUUUGCAUUUGAUCAGCCUGCUGCUGUAUUCUGGGUGGCCUGCAGUGGGAAAUGAUGUGAAAUCAUCUAUAAAUCAAGGUGGAUGGACCCACACACACAUAGUAAUCCACGCAGCUGCAUUUACAUUUCUUGCAAAAAUGCGCAUGGAGCAACCAUUUAGAAGUAUAAUAUAAUGUUUAAGAGACUAUGGUUGCAUCCACAUUAGGCACACACACACACACACGGUUCCUCCCCCUCCUCUACUCUUCUGUGUGCGUCCUCGGAGGAGUCCAGACGUUUUCAUUGGCCGCGGCGGAGAGAGAGGAGGAGGAGAGACUGACGGGCUGGCACGAAUUCCUCAGCGCUCCUCAGAUUUCUUCAAAUCACGGACCUCCUGCUCGCCUCCGUCCCGACAAACAUCCAGAGCAGCUCCCCCUCCUACCAGCAGCUUUCUUUUUUCCCCUCUUCACAAAAUGAUGACGCGAAGGCUCGCUGCGCUCCUUCUGCUGGCCGCGGCUGUGUGUAACGCCGAGGAGCUGCAGAGCAAAAGCAAAGUGUGUGCCAAUGUGUUCUGCGGGGCCGGCAGAGAGUGUGCUGUUAAUGAGAAGGGGGAGCCCAGCUGUCUGUGUAUAGAGAGCUGCAAGCCCCACAAGAGGUCAGUAUGUGGCAGCAACGGCAAGACCUACAGGAACCACUGUGAGCUCCACAGGGAUGCUUGUCUGACCGGCUUGAAGAUCCAGGUGUCCCACGAUGGACACUGCCAGGAGAAGAAAACAGAGCAGGCAGCUGCCAGCCCAGUGGUGUGCUAUGCUGCUGACCGCAAUGAGCUGAGGAGUCGUGUGAUCCAGUGGCUGCAGACUGAGGUCGUCCCAGACGGCUGGUUUGUCAAGGGAUCCAACUUCUCUGACGUCCUGCUCAAAUACUUCAAGUCGUAUGACAACGGCGAUUCUCAGCUGGACUCCUCAGAGCUGCUCAAAUUCAUCCAGCAAAAUGAGUCGGUCGUGGAGUUGCAGUCUUACGCAGACCAGGAGAGCAACAAGCUGCUCAGGAGCCUGUGUGUUGAUGCCCUCAUCGAGCUUUCUGAUGAGAAUGCCGACUGGAAGCUGAGCUUUGAUGAGUUCCUCAACUGCCUGAAGCCUGGCUUUAACCCACCAGAGAAGAAGUGUGCCUUGGAGGAUGAGACAUACGAGGACGGAGCAGAGACCCAGGUAGAGUGCAACCGCUGCGUUUGUGCAUGCGGCAACUGGGUCUGCACCGCUAUGACCUGCACUGAUAAAACGGCAGCUGUGGAUGAGUCAACGGACGCUGGGGCAGAGAUGACUGAGGAGGAGUGGAACCUCCGUGUGGCUGAGCUCAACAAGCACCAGGAAACAGUUGAGAAGAUGAAGAGCAGCACAAAGGAGGCCUAAAUAAGGACACAAUAAAGGAGAGGAUGCACGUCAUCACCCUUCCUCCAUACUUGAUUUACCUUGCGGCCAUGCGUUGUUAUUAAACUGACUUUUUCAUGUUUCUCUGCUAUGUUAAUUAUUAUACUUUUUUUUUUACAUUGUUUAAGUGUUUGUGUUGAUGUUUGUUAGAUUCAGGGGCAAUCGAAGAGUAUUAAAGGAUUCCCUAUUGUUCA